GCUCUGAAGACUGCGCAAAUGCAACAGAGUCAGCAAGCCCCACCACACUCGACCUCUACUCCUCCUCCUGCUCCUCCGUCGUCCACUGGUGGCUCAGCGGCUGAGGCUCCGCCGAAGCAGGUGGCGCUCGCGAUGGACAAGCUCGGAGAAGCCGAACGCAUCAUUGCCGACAUCAGGAUCGGCGCCGACCGAGUCCUCGAAGCUCUAUUCGUCGCCGCCUCACAGCCUCACCACGGCACCAAGCCUCUUCAGCUCUUCCUCAAAGAAGAUGCUUGUAUGCGCCGCUACCUUCAGGACCUUCGAUCCCUUGGAAAGGAGCUGGAGGAAUCUGGAGUUCUCAGUGAAUCAGUUCGAUCGCGAAAGGAUUUUUGGGGAUUGCAUAUGCCGCUGGUUUGUCCUGAUGGUGCUAUGGUUGCUUACGCUUGGAAACGACAGCUUGCAGGGCAAGCCGGUGCUUCCGCCGUGGACAGGACUAGGUUAGCUCUCAAGGCCUUCACUGAUCAGAAGAGGCGUUUCUUCCCUCAUCUUGAUUAUGGUCUUGAAACUAAUGAAUCAGCCUCGAAAAAACGUUGUGGAUCAGUAGAAAGUACAGUGGAUCCUAAGGAAGAAAGUAGUUUUCUUAAGAUCCUGCCAGAUGUUCUGAAAUCAGUAGAAAAGGAAGUACCAAACUUGAAAAUUUCAACUUUUGAGCGAUUGGACUGGUUAAAAAGAGCAUCCACACUUACUUCUUCUACAAAUGAGAAUUCUUUGGAACAUAAUUAUCCUGCUUCUAACAAGCUAAGGUUAGGAUCACUGGGCAAUGUUGCUGCUGAGAAAAUUGCGGUGAUCGAGAUGUUGGUGCCAUCGACAUUCAGAGUUGUUAUUGCCUUGCAUCCUGCUGGUUCUACUGAUCCUGAUGCCGUUGCAUUCUUUGCUCCAGAGGAGAGCGGAAGCUAUGUGCAUGCCAGGGGGUUUUCAGUGCAUCAUGUAUUUAGACAUAUCACGGAUUAUGCAGCUACAGCUCUGCAAUAUUUUCUUGGGAACCAAGUUGAAGCGUCUCUGUAUUGCCUUUUGCACUGGAUUUGCAGCUACCAGACUCUGUUUUCAAGACCAUGCAGCAAAUGUUCCCGGCUACUUGCGGCAGAUAAACAAUCAGCUUUUCUGCUGCCUCCAGUGCUCCGUCCUUAUUGGCAGUUUUCCUUAUCAAAAAUUUUGUCAACAAUUUCCUCAAAAGACCAUACUUCAGAUAUCACUCCUGCUUAUCAUGUUGGCUGCUUCUCCGAGGAAUUAUGACUGUGUACAGCAUUGAUUUAGAUUCUGAUCUUCAGGAGCUGAUCAGUGCUUGGCAUAUUGUAUGAGCAUCAAACGAGCAACAGCACCUAUGAACGAUCUAUAUCAUGUUAAUUUAAAGACUAGGAAUUUUUGGAUCCAGAAAUUUCCUAACCAGUUUGAUCAUUACCUCACGACAACCGGUUAGUACAAGACAGUUAUGACCUUCAUGAGUGCACGAUGGAAAUGCCAGCUGAUUUUACAUUUUAGAAGUUCUUUUAGCUUAAGAAAAUUAUUACACUGUACGUUUAGGAAUAUAUAUCUGCUUUAAGAAUCAUACUUCCUACUCUCCUGUCAAAAAAAAAAAAAAAAGAAUCAUACUUCCUACUCAACUCUUACCUGCUCUGCAUGGACUAGUUUCUCCAUCCAAAUAUAAAGUUUAAGGGGGGCCAGUCUUUAGGAUUGAACCGCUUGUACAGUUAUAUUGUGAUGGAUGCUAUAAACAUUCUUGUAUAAGUCGAUGAUGUACUGGUUCUCUAAAGCCAUCGCAGCAGAGCUUCAUAGUUGUACACAACUACAAAAUUAGCUUUUCUUUAUUACAUAUUUCAUCGUAGGAGUUGAAUUAAUUGUAAUUAGUGAAAAUUUUUCAAGUUCUGCUGCUUUAAGAACAGUUGCUGUUCCCAAGUACUGUAAAAUCAUUGUUCGUAGUUGUGGAUUUUGUGUAUGUAGAAUUUAUUGCCGUUAUACUUUA